GCAGAGCUGCCAAUCCUUGUGCCACCACCGGCACAUCGAGUACUGGAUCUCGGCCAGGCAGCCACCACAAAGCCAAGCAGCAAGAAACGGAGCAGCAGGAGGACGCUGGUGGAAGGCUCGGGAUUCGUGCAUAUUCCAGAGGCUCAGAAGCGUAGAUCGAAGCUGCCUAAAUCUCUGCAGUUCGAAGCUGCGCAGCCUCCCGCUGCAGAGGUCGAGGCACAGGACAACCGCCAAGCGCUGGAGAAGACAGGCCUUUCAACCGCGCAGCAGGGCGCCCUAGAGGUCGACCGGGCUUAUGUCGCCCGACAGCUGGCUCAGCAGGUGGAGGAAACCAACAAAGAGGCUUCAUUUCAGAGACAGGCAGCCGCCGUGGCCGAUCGCUGGUGGUCGUCGAUCUUCUUGCCCGUCCCGGCUCCACGGCAGCUCCUCCCCGAAGCCUUGGCGCAUAGCCCGUGUUCCGUUUUGCCAAACAGCUGGCCGAGUUCUCACUGGCCAAUCUCUUCGAAGGUAAAGCUGGCACCAGAAGAGAUCGAGGAGAUCGUGCGGCUUUGCCGUCUCUUCGCCGGCCUGACCCAACCAGAAACCUUGGAGGUGGCAAAGGGGGACUCUGGCGCCGAGGCGAACGAACUGGUCUUGAGCAGGCCUGCCUUCUGCCAACUUCUGAUCGCGCUUGGGAUCUCCCCCCGGGCUCAAAACCUCGUGCCAAGAUAUCAUCGAGUUGUGAAUUGCUUCGACGCACAGGCCAAGCAGUGCCUGGUCAGUGGCAUGCCGGUGUCCGGUGGCAUGAUCUUGGGACUAGUGCUGCCCUGCCUUCCCGAGAAACCGGACGAGAGCGCGAUGUGGCAGCUGGUGAACGAUUCGAAGACCGUGGCACUUAUGAGGCUUUUCGGAUUGCUGCUCGACGACAUGGCAACGAAUCCCCUUUUAGAAGGGCAGGACAUGGUUGAGGCACUCCCACGUGCCAAGAAGCACUUCUUUUUCAGCUUGCUGCCUGCUGCCCAGGCCUAUGCAGACGCUCGCCGCCGGCUUCUACAUCAAAUGGCUGCAAAAGCUCAGAAACAGGCGGUUCGUUGGUCGCCGGCCGUGGAGGAGCCAAGCUUGAGCCACACGCGCAAGGGAGACCGCAACGUUCCAACUUCAGGUGCAAGCACGCGCCCGACAUCAGUGAGCAGCCACGUGCCGAAGGACAUGGAUGCAGAGUCCGAGAUGACCAGCGAGGCACCAUCCCAAACGUCGUCGCCCACGAACAGGCGGCGCACCCCAAAAUCGCGGAGCCAAAGUGGCAGGCGAGUGCCUCCACAGACGAACACGCCCGUGAAGGUCGAGGAAGAGCCGGACGACGAGCCUCCAAGCGCCUUGCAGCCCCUACCGCCUGAGAUGCUCAAGGCGGGGUUUUUGCAAAGCCAGAUGCUCGAGCCAGAGAUCCUCAGUUUUGGAGCGAUGUUCCUCGGAGUUUUCCAGGUACUUUUCAACAAGUAUCACGACUUUCCGACCUCAGCAUGUGCGAGCCAGAUGAGCAUAUCUGGAUUCUUGAGGUUCUGCUUCGACUUUGGAUUGUUUCCUUCGGUUGUUGACCUGCAAACCAUACAGCAGCUCUACGCCUUGUGUGCAGCAGAAGGCGAGAAACAGGAUAGCAUGAAGCAGGAUGCCAAGAGCAGCUCGACAGACCGUGCUGCAAGCCCCGCACCCACGAAGAGCUCGCAGAAAAAACGCAUCUCACCGAAGAAGCUCCGCAAGCAAGCAGAUUCACCAAACCAGAUCUUCUGGAACGGGCAGCAGGUCCCCAUGCAUUUGGGCUGGCUGACGCGCGACUUUGCCCAUCACAGCGAGCAGGAGUCCAAGUGCGUCUGCAUCCUCAGUGCCAUCAACGACUGGAUGAAGGACCGGAUGUGGACGCCCGCUGACGUCUUCAAUUUUCUGGACAUCAAUGCGAGUGGCUUAAUCAGCACGCGCGAGUUCAUCGAAGGGGCGAAACUCAUGCGGUUGAAGAACUUGCCCAGCGACGAGGAACUUCGCAGGUUGCUGCCGCUUCUCAUGUCGGCCGACAAGGGCCUGAUAGCUCCGCGGGAACUGCAUCAGGCUUUGGCGGUCAUCGCGAAGCAGAAGCACAAGUUGGACCUUGCAGCCAACUUUUUCCUCAAGUCCGAGCCGGACAUGUCCAUGGCAGAGUGGAACGCCAGCCACUUCUUCCGGGACCUGGUCAAGGUGAUGGAGAAGAAUUCUUGGUCGCCAGGGCGUCUCUUUGCUGAGCUUGGAGGUGGCAAGGAAGCCAUCACCAAGCAAGAGCUCGAGGAGAAGGCGCGCGUCUUGCUUCGAGUGCACUGUGGCCGCAGCCCGGCCCUGGAAGUCGCCCAGCCCUUCGACAUCCUCGAUGUGAACGGGGAUGGGGUCAUUGAGAGGGAGGAAUUCGUUGCCAUCAUUGUGCAAUUGCUCAAGGCCUUGGCCAUGCAGGGCAAGGAGGACUCCGGCCGGCGCCGACGGCAGCUGCAGGCUUUGCCAACGAAAAGCAGGGCAAGCACCGAAUUGGAAAGACAGGUGGAGGAAGCCUUCGAGGAGAUACUUGAGUCGGUGCAGCAGCGUCAAGCCGAAAGUCAGGACUCUGUACGAAGUCUGUUGCUUGCGUUGCUACACGGACAAGUUCGGGAUCGAGUAGCACGGGCUCGAGAGAUGCAGACGUUGCAGGAUCAUUUAUCAAAAAGGUCUGGCUGUGGGAAUGCAUUCAACUCAGACAGGUUCAUCCCGGAAAACACCGAUGAGGGAUUCAAGUUGGGCCAGCAUGCACAACCGCAAGCUCUUGCACAGUGCUGCCUCCGGCAUGCCACAGCUACAACCCCGUACCCGCACGCAGUCUGUGGAAGGUGCCUUCCGUGA